CAUGUUGGUCUUGUUGAUGUACGGGCCACGAAUUUUUCAAUAAAAAUAGUCUAAAAAACUACAUAAAAGCCCCAUAAUGGCCACGCAAACACAGACUAUACGAAAGCCAGUUCUUAACCCCGAAAGGAGACAUGAUUACCUUUAUGAUAACCACUAUGUAUUAUCAAGUGAACGAGAUCAUGCCAGGGCGACUUUCAAGGCGCACACAAGCACGGACAGGGUCAAACGAGUACCCAUUUUCAAGACGAUGUUCAGCGAGCUCCGCCAUCAUCCGAGGUUUCAGAUGCGCCUCGAUGUCACCGACCCUGUCCCCAGGUUCAUAAACAGACAAUGGCGGGGGUACCAGGAUCAGCAGCGGGAAGCGCUUGUCAGAUACACAAAGUUCAAUUACGAUCCAUCAGUGCAGGUUCCUGGUGUAAGAUAUGACAAUCCUCAGGUCUCUGGUGUCAAUCGCUACAAGUACUUCAGGAGGCCGAUCAUUCCAUUCCUCCAGCAAGUUCCACCAGAAGUCCUCCUCGCCACGGCACGUCAAGACCCCUUGUCGGGCCCGGACCAGCUGCUAGAGAGGCCACCGACCCCGCUCACCAGGACCGUGGAGAUUCAAACAGACUACAGAGACAGUGAGGCCCAGACAGACCCCUACACGCCAGAGUAUGUGGUUCGGCCUGGAGAGCAGCCUGAACUUCUGACUCUGGCCACACUCUCAUUUGGUCGAGGUUUGCCAGCGGGGCUAGCAGAAGUUGAGAUGAUCGAGCGUGCCCGUGCCAAGAGAGCCUGGGAAGCGACUCUCCCUCCCCUCAACGACACCAGUCAGCUUGAGAAGAGGCGUAAAAUGAUGGACGAGAUGGAGAGGCGCGAGUGGGCGUUGAGGGAACAAGAAAUCGAAAAGCUCCAGGAGGCGCGUCUCGAAGUGCUGAAAAAGCUGUUGAAGCAACGAGAGGAGAACCACCAGGAGUUGAACAUCAAACGGCUCGAUCGCUUGUGGUCCAAGAAACAGGAGGAGAAGGAGAGUAAGAUUCGUCACAUCAGGAACGAACACAUCAAGUCAAUCAGGAAACUCACAAAGAAAAGACAAGAAGUUGAGGGCAAGCUUGAGAGACGUGAUGUCGUCCAUGAUUAUUCUGAUUAUGGUUCCCAGGCGUAUGCCCCCAUGACGAGGAUCGGUGUCUUUCUUGACCGUGGGUCUGAGCAGUACGUUGUGAAGAGUCGUUACCUCUCAACUUACCAAGGUUUGCUUGAAUUGGAACAGUCCCUACCUGAUUAUGUUGUCAAUCCCAGAGUGAAGGCGCCCAAGCCCAAGACGGUCACCAAGUCCGGUUUCGUGAAGAGGAAGUAUAGACAAGAACAGGAACUCAAAGAGCUCCACCAGGUGAUCAAGGAGGCCCAAGAUGCUGGUGAAGAGGUGCCCAAACCACUGCGCUUCCUCCAGAAGAUCGAGAAGCCGAUCCCACGCCCUCCUACCCCGGCUGUCGAGGUGCCAUCGCAUGAUGAAGAAGAGAGUGAACUGGCUGUUAUCUUCUUGCAACAGGUCAUUAGGGGAAGAGCCAUCCAGAACAUGAUGUUCGAAGGCAAGGAGAAGCGUAUGGAGCUGAUCCGUGAGCUCCGUAGCACCCAUGCCCUCCAAGAGGCAGAGCAGGCCAUCAAGAAGCAAGAGAAGCAGGGCACACUGGCUCUGCAGAGACAGAGGAGGCUUCAUGAACAUAAGGAAUCCUUCAUCGACGAGUCCCUCAGCCAAAUGGAAGGCAACAGUGUCGGCGACAUGCUGGACUUCCUCAGUAAAGAGCUCAUCCGCCUCCAGGAGGAGCGUCGUAUUCACGCGUUCGCCAUGUUGGCAGAGCGUCAGCGCAGGAUACGCGAGGCCGAGGAAUCUGGGCGCCGCCAGGUGGAGGAGAGGAGGCGUAGGGAGGAAGAUGAGAUUUUCAAACAGGUCGCAAAGGUCCACCAGAUGACAGUUGACACAUAUCUCGAAGAUGUCAUCCUGGGUGCGUUGGAAAACACCGCUGAUACCCAAGCGCGGCGAGAAGUCCAAGAUAUGGCCGAGGUGAUCAACGAUGUCGCUUAUGAAAUAGAAGAGAAACGUACUGACCUGGAGUCAGAAGAGAUUGUGGCUGAACUUGUCCAUACCUUCCUGCUGCCAGAAGCGCAGAAAGAGACUGUCCGAGAUUCAAUUAAGAGGAAACAGCGAAAACACCUCCUUGCAGCCCAUAACGAAAUCUUCAAAGACGGGGAAGGAAUUAUCAAGUCAUUUUCAAAGGCAGAGCUAGAGGACCAAGGCUCAUCUCCCGGCACACCAGCAUUCUCUGAACAACCAACGGAGACGACUGCAUCUUUCGGUGGAGCCAGAUUGGAACAAGAACAGGCUGAGGCAAGCUCUCGGCCUGCAUCUGUAAAAAGUGCCGGAUCCAGACCUGUGUCUGCUGCAUCUGUAACUGAACGCCCAGCAUCUGUAACUGAGCGUCCUCCAUCCACAUCAAGCCGUCCACCGUCCGGAAAAGGCUCCCGACAAUCCUCAGCCCGAAGUGAAAAGGCGCCGUCCAGAAAAUCAUCAACCCAUAGUGAGAAGCCAGCUUCAAGGAAGAGUUCUGCUACCUCACAAAAGGAGGCGACACUAGACCUUUCCGUGGAGGGAAAGGCGCCUUCUCCUGCCGGAUCAAAACCUGCCUCCAGGAAAAGCUCUGCAGCAUCCGUGAAGGUGUCCCCUCGUCAAGAAACUCCCAAGAUCUCCUCCAGGAAAAGCUCAUCGUCUUCCCUCAGGAAAGACGGUGUGGAAACUCCUAAGGAAUCUGGAUCUCGACGCGGAUCAGCAUCCUCUGAAAAAGAUAAACCUGCCACACCAAAAGAUUCAGGGUCGCGCCGUGGGUCUAAAGAUGGCAGUGAGACUCCUAAAGGCUCCCGUCCAGUAUCGAGUGCAUCUGUUGAAAAGGUUGCCGUGACUCCCAAGGAAGGUUCGAGGCCAAGCUCUGUUACUUCCGUGAAGGAGGGCAGGACCUCUCCCAAAGAUUCAGCCUCACGACGCAGCUCAGCUGCCUCCGUUAAAAAAGACUCUGAAACUCCCAAGGAAGGUUCUAGGCCUGGGUCUAGUGCAUCUGUAAAUGAAGACACUGGGUCACCUAAACCUCAAUCAGGGCGUGGGUCGGCAGCAUCUGUUAAAGAAAGUCCAUCUAGGUCUGUGAAAGGGAGUCCCCGUCAGGAAGAGGCUGGGUCCCCAAAAAAUGAAAGCGGCAGCAGACGUGGGUCUGCUGCGUCAGUCAAGUCGCAGAAGAGUGACAAGCCAGAAUAAGCAUUCUUGAUUUUGCUAGGUCUUUGAAUAAAAAUUGGUCAUCCGUCCAAUAAAGGCACCUGUCCGUCCAACAGGAUUGCAUCCAAAACGAACUGUGAUAUUUAUUUGUUAUGUAAAUACGAUUUAUUUCUAUUUCUACUCAUAUUGUACUUCACAUUUGACGGGAAUUUGAAUGUAUUAGCUGGUAUCAACCCUGCCACUCGUACAGUUUCUAGUGUUUCUGGUAGGUCUAGUCCUUCCUUUUCUGACAUUAGAAUUUUCUGUUUCGAAGUGAAUAUAUUACCUGUAUAUUAUCUGUAAACUCUGCCCACAUUUUAAAAUGGUUUUUGUUUUCAACUUACUCCGUCCAUGUAGGUUCAAUCUUUUUUCAUACACAUUGUAAAUGAAUACAUGUAUGUACACGAUAGGUACAACCACAAAAAUCUAUCAUAUUCACAUGUAAAUAGGUGUGUGUAUAAUUUUUGUAUAGAGUUAACUGAAAAUAUCCUGGCUUUUGGUGUGUUCGUCGUGACUUAUAUUUGGACAAACCUGAGACACCUUGACCAACUUGCGCCUGCUGCAUAACAACGAGAUAAAGCUGACAUUGUUUGUUGCUUGAAGGGUUGUAGGGCUGUAGGUCCAGGCCUUUCUCUCCAAGGGCUAUUUUGUGAAGGAGGCCGACACUGUUUUGCGAUGCUGCAUAUCAUUCUGACCACUGCAAACAUGGUGUGAGUAAAAAUAAGCAAAAAGAGAAAAAUCUAAAUCUUGUCUUUGGGAUAAAUUCUCUGUCCUAUCUCGCAUCUAAUUAGGAAAACAAAUGCCUUUCCUACUAUUUAUAUUGCAGUUGUUGAGUUUUCAUAGUCUUUCUUUCAUGUGCUCACACCAAACAAGGACAAUAUCAUAGUACAAUAAUGUAUUUGUAAAUUUGUAAAAAUAAAUGCGUAACUUAAUUUUGAAGAAA